AUGCCUGUUAAGCCACUUUCCUUCAAAGGUGAUGCGAAGAAGCCCAAGAAGAGAAAGCAAAGGAGUUACGAAGAUGACGACUCCGGCGCUCUCGUCGCAGCCGGAUCCCAGCCAACUGUCGACACGGCCGAAGAUGACUCCUGGACAAUGCCUGACCAGCCCUCUGACCUCGCCGGUCCGACCAUCAUAGUUCUACCUACAAGCCCACCCACCUGCCUUGCCUCUGACGCCCACGGGAACAUUUUCGCAUCGCAACUGGAAAACAUUGUCGAGAGUUAUGAAGAGACCGCGGAGCCACAUGAUGUGAGACAGGUAUGGGUUGCUAGCACUGUAGCCGGCACGGGCCAGAUCAGCUUCAAGGCAAGUCAUGGCGGAUAUCUGUCCUGCGACUCUAUAGGGGUCCUAGGUGCACGACGAGAAGCAAGAGGCCCGGAGGAAAUGUUCACAGUCGAAGCCGCCGAGACGGCUGAGGGUAGGCAGCGCUUUAGAUUACGGACUACGGCUUCCAAAACCGCGGAUGGAGAUAAAGGACGACGCUAUCUGUCCGUCACGGUGGAGACGAGCACCAGCACCGCGAAAGCAGAAGACGACGAUGCGAAGAAAAAAGUGUCCAUCUCAAUACAGGGUGACGGCGAGGCAGAAUCGAAAACCACACAGGUCGUGCUCAAGAUGCAGGCGAGGUUCAAGCCGCGGCUGCAGCAACACAAGGAGACCAAGGCCAAGGAGAAAGUCAGCCGUCGAGAACUCGAGCAGGUUGUGGGAAGGAAGCUCGAGGACGACGAAGUCAAACGGCUAAAACGGGCAAAGAAAGACGGCACUUACUAUGAGGAGAUCCUCGAUGUGAGGGUAAAGGGAAAACAUGAUAAAUUUGCCAGCUACUAA